UAAGCUUUGACCCGUUCAUUAGCCGAAUCGUUGUAUGGAGCGGUACAUUUAGCAGGCAAGUGAGAUGGGAGCAGCAAGCAAGAGAGACAAGAAAAACAGUUCUACUUCAACAUCACCUUGUGCCCAUCUCCGAUCUGCUUACCACAAUUGCUUCAACCAGUGGUACUCUGAGAAAUUUGUAAAGGGUCAAUGGGAUAAAGAGGAAUGUGUUUCCGAGUGGCAAAAAUACAGAGAUUGUCUCUCUGAACAUCUGGACGACAAGCAUCUUAGUCGGUUCUUGGAAGCUGAAGCUGCUUUUGGUUCCGUUUUUCAAGAGGGGAAGGAAAACCCAGUUGAGAAUUCUGCUAAAUAGUGUCAAAAAAGGCAAUCGACGGAUGUCAUUGUUACUGCUAGUUUCAAAGAACAACUUGUCUUGGUUGCAGAUUUUAACGACACCGGUACUCGCAUAAAACUAGCGAAUCUCUGUUCAAAGCUCAGUUACUAGUCUGUCAUUAUAUAAUUUGUACUGUAUGGAGCAUCUUGGUUGAUAGGGACUUGAUAAGAAGUGAAAAGUGAAAGCUUAUAGUUGAAAUACUAGUCAGAAUGUGUUGAUUUUUUAUGUAGAACAGUAGAAAAACUCGUUAGUGUUCAUAGACAUUGGACAUUUAUUUGAUAUCUUUUCAUAAGCUUCGAUACGAAGUAAGUUUUCCUAAA